UGACUGUAAACAACAUCAGGUGGGGGUUGUGGAGCCCUUCGCCGUGGCCGGCCUGGCCUUGGCUUCCGUCUCGGGGCAGGGUUGGAUCGGCAUCGGCAUCGGCAUCGAUCUGUAUCCUAGGUCCCUCUCUCCACUGGGCUGGGCACUAGGCUUCGGCCUGGUGUGGCUCCGUCUCCCGGCGCUGCUAGGAUUGUGGGCUGGGGUUGGGGUCUCCGGAUCUGGAUACCAGGGCAAGGCUUACCAUAGACCCCACCCCUAACCCAGGCUGGGGACCAGGAAAGGCCUCGCCUAGAACCUGCCAGUCGCCGAGCUGGGCUCUGUGCCUCUCCAGGAGCUCAGAACUGGGUUUCUGAGGCUCAGUUCCUCUUGAUGACACAGUUACAAUGUCUUUGUCAGAGUGGCAUAUUGCGGUGAAGCUGGCAGAUCAGCCUUUGGCCCCCAAAUCCAUCCUGCGGCUACCAGAGACUGAGCUUGGAGAGUGUCCUUUGGGUGGGUGCAGCAUCUCCUACCUGAAGCAGCUUAUCACUGGAAAGCUGCAGGAGUCAGUCCCAGACCCAGAACUUAUUGAUCUGAUCUACUGUGGCCGCAAGCUGAAGGAUGACCAAACUCUUGACUUUUAUGGCAUCCAGUCAGGCUCAACUGUUCAUGUCCUGCGGAAGUCAUGGCCCGAGCCAGAUCAGAAACCAGAGCCUGUGGACAAAGUGGCAGCAGUGCGAGAGUUCCGGGUCCUGCACACUGCCCUUCAUAGCAGUCCUGCAUACAGAGACGCAGUCUUCAAGAUGCUGGGGAACAAAGAAUCACUGGAUCAGAUCAUCGUAGCUACCCCUGGCCUGAGCAGCGACCCUGUUGCUCUGGGUGUCUUGCAAGACAAAGAUCUUUUCUCUGUCUUCGCUGACCCAAACAUGCUGGACACGCUCAUCCCAGCUCACCCUGCUCUGGUGAACGCCAUCAUCCUGGUUCUGCACUCGGUGGCAGGCAGCACGCCUCUCCCAACUCCGGAGACCUCCUCGCGCAGCAUGCCCUCCAGCUCCUACAGGGACAUGCCAGGUGGCUUUUUGUUUGAAGGUCUCUCUGAUGAUGAAGAUGAUUUUCAUCAGAGCACAAGGUCCACGCCUUCCAGCAGCACUUCUGGGUCCCGCCCAGCAUCGCUUGGCUACACUGGGGCUGCUGGACCCCGGCCAAUCACACAGAGUGAACUGGCAACUGCGCUGGCCCUGGCCAGCACGCCUGAGAGCAGCUCACACACUCCUACCCCUGGCACCCAGGGUCACUCAUCAGGCACCUCUCCGAUGUCCUCCAGUGUCCAAUCAGGAACUCCCAUCACCAACGAUCUCUUCAGCCAGGCCUUGCAGCAUGCCCUGCAGGCAUCUGGGCAGCCUGCCAUGCAGAAUCCUCUCUGCUGCCAUGGGUUGGAAGUGCAUUGUUUGGGCCAGCCGCUCUGGUCAGCAGCAGGAGCAGAAGUGGGAUGGAGUCCCUCCAGGACCUUCUCUCCGGAUCUGCAGCAGGGACCAUUUCUAAAGGGCAUGGAUGGAAUCAGUUCCCUCAACAAACAGCCUGGCGGAGAGAGGAACAUACAGUCAAAUAGCAGGUCUCUUGCCCAAAAUCAGGACACAUGGUCACCAUCUGGGCCCCUUCCCCUAGAGUUCCCUGGCUCCUUCCAGCUGUGCUACCCUGCUGCUUGCUCCACCCCGAUCUGGGCAUCGCAGGGUCAUUCUCCACUCACGGACGGCAGGAUCUUCCAGGGGAUUAUCAGGAUGGCUCUGGGGAUGAAUGGAUGUUGGCAGGGGUUCCCAGGAAGGUUUGGGGUCUUUCUCUCUUCAUGAGAAGCACCUAUCCCCCACUUUGCGCCCCCAGCCCAAACCGUGCCUGAAGGAGGUAGCAGUGGGACCAGGUCAUCCCCUAGUGGGCCAAAUAGGAGCCACUUCUGGCUUUAGUGUCUCUAAGGCGAUGGGGAGUUUGGGCUGGUUCUGGGGCGGGGGACACACAAAUAUUCCAGUUGGUCUCAGGGGGGAUUUUGGGUCUCUUCCUCACCCCAUGGGGCUUCCUCGCUCACCCCUGCCUGGUGUGGGGGGGAGGGGCUGAGACUGCCUCUGUUCAUCAACGGAACUGGCUGGAUCCUUCCCUUCUCUCCCUCUGCACCCUGGGGUGGUGGCUACUUCUAUUAUGGAGGGGGGUCAGGUCCCCCAUUUCCCACCCCCAUCUCCUGUUGGCUCCCUGCAGCUGGGCUGGCUCCUCCAAGGUGCUUCUCCCCCGUUGGCUGGAGGCCACACUAGGUGGGACCCUGCUCAGCGGCAAGGAGAAGGCAGGGGCCCAAAGGAGCUCUCAGCAGUCUUGGGUUUGCUGGUUCUAGCCCAGGAGGCACCUACCCCACGUUCCCAACAGCCAUGAACUGGGUGAGGGCACCGGGUGUCCCAGACCCUGGAGUCUUGUGCUGGGGGUAUUUUGUGUGUGUGUAUGUGGGUGGAAUUCUGAAUAAUGAGGUGAAUUAGGGGAAAUCCCCCGACAAACCAUCUGCUGCAUUGAGAGGGGAUUUUCCCAUUGAAAGUACCUGAACUGACCGCUGAGGUGGGACAGGGUGAGAGUCGCAAGAAAGUGGCCCCAGAGGCUGUUGCUGCAUCCAAUGUGUGUGUGGAGUGCAUGUGAGGCAGGGGGUGUGCAUAUGGGGUAGGCCUGGAGGGAGGGGGUAACAGGGCUCAUGAACUGUGGGAGGGAGGCUGAAUGCCCUCUCCACAAAGAGGGACCUUGGCUGUACAUAGGGACUGCAGUGCCUCACCCCCAUGGAGUCCCAGGGUGUUGGAGGGUGGGGUUCAUUCAGUCCCCAAAUUAUAUCAGUGGCUCAGCCUAUUUCUCCACACACACACCUUUCUCCUGGGUGACCCUUCUCUCAUCUGUCCUGCAGAGCCCCCUGGCUCUCAGGCCAGAGACAGGUAGGAGCUGUCACUUGCUGCUUUUCCAUCAGGCUGGGUGGCCUGGGCCAGAGGAGGGAAUUGGGGAGGUUCCAUGGGGCACACUGGACAAGUGUCCUGGUUGGGGGUGAGGGGUGCCCUGGCUUUGGCACUGGGAUUGGAAUGGAUUCCACAUGCUGCCAGUUCAUAAAAACAGUGGGCCUGGUUCUGAUCCCACUUACCCGGGUGUUACCCCCUUGUGGCCCCAUUGGGCCUGGUUCUGAUCUCACUGGGUUUGUGUGUUCCUGAAGAAAGGCCUGUAUGUGGGGACAGGGGAGGGGUUUCCCCCCAAUUAUUUGGACCCUAAGGCUCCACAUUGGAGAUGGGAGCCGCUUCAAGCUCCUUCUGUGUGGUGGAGGGGAGCCUGGUGGUUUAUUUUGGGGCUUUGUGUGGAGGGUGGAGUUGGGAUGGGGUGUUACACCCCAGGGGGCAGAGGGGCUGGAGGGGGGGUCGCAGGAGGGAAGUGGGUUAGCUCUCACUCAGUGGGGAGGUGGAUAACCCUGCCUGGGGGUGAGUUGGGUCUGGGAUGAGGGGGUGAGUGUGGGGUCUGCCCCCUUCUAGCCAUGUGGCUUGGCCCAUCCCUGGUGUUGUCCCCAGCUGGAGGUGCCCACCUUGCCCCCCAGAAGGAGCAGAGCGAUCUGGUGAUUUGAUGCCUCAGGGGCCCAGGUAGGAGCUGCUUCUGGCUUUAGCCCUUGAUUGAGAUGUUUGGGGUGGAGCUUCGGGAGCUGGGCACGGCGGGGUGGAGAGGAGUGAGAAUGGGGCAGUCUCUGUAGCAGGGACCGGGGAUGAGGCGGGUGGGGGCUGGGAACUGGGUGAACCCAUCAGCAGGGAGUGGGGGCCCCAUGAUGUGUGUCUCAGUGGGACUGGGGGGUCCUGGCUGGGACGUUCCAGGGCUGAGCUCUGGGUUUUCCCUCCUGGUGUCUUGCCCAGGCCCCAAUAGCACACACCAUGGGGAGCCCUCAGCAGAACUGGUGUGGGGGCCCAUCCCCCAGGAGUCAGGGCUGGGUCUGUGCUCCCGAGCAAGAGGCCAUUUCACUCCAGGGGACAAGGCGGGGGUUACCCAUACUGCCACAUGCUGGAAGCCCCCCCGCUGGGCCCUGCUGCUGAGGGACCAUCUCAGGGCUUGGGCUAUGUUGGGCUCCCCAAGGGGCAGGACAAGACACUUGGGGGGAGGAGGCAGGGUCCUGGGGGGCUGGAUGGCGAAGCAGUGAGCUGAGCUAAUGCAGCCUCCCCAGCUGGGCUCUGCCUGCUGCCCUUAUCCCUCCUGGCUCAGUCUGAGACCCCCUGGCAGUGGGACCUGGGGCCUGUUUGCAACUUCCUGAGGCAGGACAGGGUCUGUACCCCAGGGCUGGGCUGGUGCUUUUGUGAGCUAAAGUUCAAUUGAUGGAAUUGUUUUACUAUAAAUCUGAAACACUAAAUUGUUCUUUGGAUUUGUUUUGUUAGAAUGUUGUGGAAGCUAGAUUAGUAAUAGUAGGAUUAUUUUAUUUAGCCUUAUUUUUCUAGAGUAGAGGCCUGCUUUUAAUAUUGUUUUGCUAUUCUUUGUGAACAAGCUGUUCCUUGUGUGAAUGAGAUCUGUAUGGUAUGUCAGCAAAUAAGAGAAAAGAUGCCAGCAACGGAUGGGCCUAAUUGC